CCGCCUCCUCUAUUCCUCCUUCCAGUGCCCGGCUUUAGUCCUCUCCCGCUCGCCGCUGAGCGAGAUAUUCUUUUCCAGACCAAGUCGCCUAGUUGUCGCCGCGGAGCUUUUGCUUGCUGCUGCCGCUGUCGCAACCACCACUGGGCUGCUUUGCCGCGACCCCGUCCCGCCGGCACGCCCCCAGCCCCACACAAGAUGUCAGAGGAUCUAGCAAAGCAACUGGCAAGCUACAAAGCUCAACUCCAGCAAGUUGAAGCUGCGCUGUCUGGAAAUGGAGAAAACGAAGAUUUGCUAAAAUUAAAGAAAGAUUUGCAAGAAGUUAUAGAACUAACCAAAGACCUUCUGUCAACUCAACCUUCUGAAACGCUGGCAAGUUCAGACAAUUUUGCUUCUACUCAGCCCACUCAUUCAUGGAAAGUAGGAGACAAGUGUAUGGCAAUCUGGAGUGAAGAUGGACAGUGUUAUGAAGCGGAGAUUGAGGAGAUAGAUGAAGAAAACGGCACUGCUGCAAUCACUUUUGCUGGCUAUGGCAAUGCUGAAGUGACUCCACUGUUGAACCUCAAGCCUGUAGAAGAAGGAAGGAAGGCAAAGGAGGACAGUGGCAACAAACCCAUGUCAAAAAAAGAAAUGAUUGCCCAGCAGCGUGAAUAUAAAAAGAAGAAAGCUUUGAAAAAAGCACAGAGAAUAAAAGAACUUGAACAAGAAAGAGAGGACCAGAAGGUGAAAUGGCAGCAGUUCAACAACAGAGCCUAUUCUAAAAACAAAAAAGGCCAGGUAAAGAGGAGUAUUUUUGCUUCACCUGAGAGUGUAACUGGCAAAGUUGGAGUAGGAACUUGUGGAAUUGCUGAUAAACCUAUGACACAGUAUCAAGAUACCUCUAAAUACAAUGUUAGGCAUUUGAUGCCUCAAUAAUCAGAAAAACUGUUGGAUUUCAUCUCUGCAGGGCUUUACAUUUACCUUUUUAUCCUUAUAUUUUUCUAAAGGUAAAUUAUUUGUUAGACAAGUAAGGAAGAUACCAUUGUCGUCAUUGUUUGACUUCAGUAGAAUGAAACUUGAAGAAAUUGUAUUUGAUAACUGCUAUUCAUUUAAACUUUUUUCAUUACUACUACCAGUUUCCUCAAAGUUUGUUGGGUAAAGCAACUUUUCUAGAUAGAUGCUGAGUAAAUACAGCACUUAGAUUAAUUAUUGAUCUUCCUAGUAUCAGGCCCCCACUUAAUGGAUGGCAUAUACGUUUUGUAAGGUUCUAACUGGGAAGUUUCAGAUGCUUUGAACUUGCCACAUAUUCUGGCAAUUCACUGGAACAUCAAGGCAAAAUACCAACCUGCUAAAGAGAACUUCUCUUCAUUUUUUUUUUUGUCUUCAGCUUAAACCUAGCUGUUGCCCAGUUAACCUAAAGGUAGGUUAAUUUGUAAAUGGCAGAGUUUUUUUUGAGGUUUUUCUCAACUCGUUUCCUAAGCCUAUUAGGCCAUCUAAAAUUGAUCCAGCUCUGUAUUCUUUUCAUUGAAUUUUAGUUUUAUGUAAGAAACCAUGUUUAGGACCAGCUACCUUUUCUAAUGUUUUUUUUUGUUUUUUGUACGUUUGCUUUCCUCCUGUGUUGAUUUUCACUUAUGGUAGUGGUACCAUUUUUUGGAUGUGUAAUGUUUAUAUGAGAAAACAAAAAGCUGAUGUAUAGCCCUGUAUACAAUGUAGAUACUAUUUUUGUAAAAAACCGAGGCUAAAUUAAUGAACAAGAGUACCGAAUGUUUCAUCGUUAAAAAUUUACUGUAUUUCUUGUGCAUUAAUCUGACCAUAAUUUCCCUGUAUAAUGUUCACGUAGCUGAGUUUGUAAUUUUUGUUAACUAGAUCAAGUUGUCAGCAUUUGUUGGUAAGUGAGCAUCACAAUUAUCCUGAGUUGAGUUUAAGCCAAAUGUAUGCGUAGAAAAGGGUCUUCCUAUUAAUGGAAGAUGGUGAUUUUUAAGAUGUGUGUUAAUUUCAGUUUUUGUAUGUUUAACUUUUAUUAAAUAAAGUGUUUUUAAAAUCUCCAGGGUGUGUUAACAGAAAGGUGAAGUUAGCUGCUAGCAUUGAUAUAAUGAUUAAGCAUACAUCAUUUCCACAGGAAAGAAUAUUGAGUGUGUAAUAAAUGUUUCGGUAAAUCCUUAUGUGCGCCUUAUAUUGGACAUAAGAAAUUGGAAAGGACAGACUAGUUUUAUUUUAAGGGUUGUGCUUGCAUAGGGGUGUUUGUAAAUUUUUGGUAGAAGGGGAAAAUAAAAAUUUUUAUUUCAUUAAGAAAAAAAAUUUUUUAUUUCAUGAUUUUAAUUUUUUUGGUAAAUUGAAGCUUUUUAAAAAAUCUUUUUGGCCACGCAGCACGGCAUGUGGGAUCUUAGUUCCUGGACCAGGGAUCAAACCCGUCCCGCCUGCAGUGGAAGCUCAGAGUCUUAACCACUGGACCGCCAGGGAAGUCUGGUAAAUUGAAACUUUCAGGAGGACAGUGAUGAGAGAGAAUUCCUCGUGUCUCCAUCUCCCUCCCAACUCAGGAGAUCACUGUUGUUUUGUUUUUUUGUUUCUCUCCCUGUAAUUUACGGCCAAAGGGUAGAGCACAUAGGACAGAAUGAAAGGUGAAGUAGUUUUUCAAUACAAGGCACAAAUUACAGUAGAAAAGGAGCUACUUAGCCCGAAAAACUUUAAAUAUACUAAUGUUCUUGUUACCAGUAUAACAAACUUUAAAUCAGUGGUAUCCUUAAAGGAUUGCAAGGGAACCCUAGUAAUUAAAAAGCACUGGAAGGAAAUUUGGUAUAACUCUGUGGCCAUACAAAGUGGUUUUUGGUGAGAUUAUCUUGGUAUGUUUGCUGGAGUAAUAGUUCACCUGGUGUUUGUGUAGGCAAGACUUGUGUUGAGACUCGUGCCUCCUUUGACUCUAUGGGCCUUCCUUUCUGCACAUUAAUUUUCCUGGAGGGCUUUGCAGUAGGAGAGAGAAGGGGGAAAAAAAAAGUGACCGUGUUGUAGAAAACAUUUUUUAACAAAUAGGCAUAUAGCAUGAAGUCAAGAGCCUGUGUGUCGAAGACCUAGAUGUGGUCCUUUGUAAAGUCCUGUUGUCAGGAUGAUGAUAGUGUCUCUGGACUAAACUUAAAAAUUAGGAAUCCUGGGGGGACCUGUCUCAUAGUGGAUGCUGAAGUUGAGAAAAUCUUAAUGAGGAGCAUGAUACCAAUGGUAUUUUACAAAUGCAGGUGGUUAAGCUCUCAAUAUUCUAAAAUCAAAUAUGAUGCUUGGUCUAUGAAGGUUUGUUAUAAAAUUUAAUGUAGAGGUUACCCUCUUGUCAAGAAAGGAGACAUGAAGCUCUGAAAUGGACAGACUGAACCAUACUUGAUGGCCCCCACGUGGCUGUGGUUGCAUUUGUCUUUUCUCAAAACUUGACAUUUGACUUUGUUAUUGGCUCUUUCAAGGAAAGUACAGUCCUAACACCCCCAAAACAAUUUAAAAUUUUAAUAUUAAUCACAGAUAACAGUGUUUUAAUUAACAUGUAGAAAAGUCAUAUUGGAAGAGCAAGGACUCUGGAGCCAGACUGCUGUGUUUGAAUCCUGGCUCCCUCAUUUAUUAUUUGUAUGCAUAAUUCUCUGCCUCAGUUUUCUCAGCUGUAGAAUUAAAUUAAUACGUUUCAUUAGGUUGUAAGGAUGAGUGAGUUAAUAUGUGUGAAGUGUUUAGUAGAGUACCUGGUAUGUUGUAAGCACUAUAGAUAGAAGUGUUUGCUACUACUGUGCAGAGCUAAUGAUGACUAUCUGAUCUUUUUUCCUUAACUUGAAUAACAAUUCACAUUAUAAUGGAAAUAAUACUAUUGCUUAUAAAUGUGUUACUGAAAUGUUACCAAAUUACCAAAGUUCUAAGACAUUAAGUAAUCCUGGUAGAGGUUUAAAUUUUUGUAUUUAGGGUUUGUUUCUUAGUGGGAAGGGGGUUACACUCCUAAUAAAAUCACUUUUUUUUUUUUAAUUUAAUUUUUAUUUUUGGCUGCGUUGGGUCUUGGUUGCUGCGUGGGGGCUACUCUUCGUUGUGGUGCACGGGCUUAUUGCGGUGGCUUCUCUUGUUGUGGAGCAUGGCCUCUAGGCGCGUGGGCUUCAGUAGUUGUGGCACAUGGGCUCAGUAGUUGUGGCUCGCGGGCUCUAGAGCGCAGGCUCGGUAGUUGUGGUGCAUGGGCUUAGCUGCUCCGCGGCACGUGGGAUCUGCCCGGACCAGGGAUCGAACCCGUGUCCCCUGCACUGGCAGGUGGAUUCUCAACCACUGUGCCACCAGGGAAGCCCCACUCGUAAUUCUUGAUUAAGAUUAAUGAGGGAUUCUUGGAUCUGGGUCCUACCCCAGGCCUAUCCAGGCCAAGGUAUAUCUUGUUUUUUUGACAGACACCACACAGGUGAUUCUGAUGUGCAUCCCUGGCUGAGCACCAUGUUUUAGGUUAAAUGUGAAAACGGUUGGAUUUUUGAAAUGAAGGCAAAAAUUUAUAAGUGGCAAUUUUCUGAGCCCAAUUAUGAAGACUUAGGCAUCAAACCAAAGUGAAAAUGCAUCCAUUUAACGUAACAACUCAUUUUUUUAAAUACUUGUUUUUUCACAACAAAGGAUGUGCAUGUGCAUGCACGUGUGUUUCCAUUACAAUGCAGUUUUAAUGCUCUGUAUGCCUUUAAAAUAGCAAGGGAAAACCAUGAAGUGACAAAGGAAACUCAGUUUUGUAAGUUGUGUGGUGUCUGUAGAUUGUGAUUAUAUAAGGUGAAAAAUACCACUUGCAAAUUAAGCGAAGUAUUAGAGUUUUGAUUUGGCUUUUUGCCUCAACUGGGUAUUAACUGAGAUAUAAAAGAAGGAAGAAAAUGUAUUAAACCCAACAAGGUUUUGUAUUUGUUAAAAUAUUUAGAGAGUUCAAUAAACAUGUGCUGAAUUGUA